CUGACCCCCAGCCACAGAGAACACCGUCUGCAGAGAGAGAAGACCAAACUACUGAGCUCUACCUCAGAGAUAUCCAGGAGAGACCAGAACUAAAGACUCAGGACUAGACCCAGAAUCCAGGACCCAACACCUAGGACCCAGGGCUCUUUAACUAGGCCCAGGACUCUGACCCAAACCCAACACCCAGACCCAGGACUAGACCCAGACAUCCAGGACCCAACACCUAGGACCCAGGGCUCUUUAACUUGGCCCAGGACUCUGACCCAAACCCAACACCCAGACCCAGGACUAGACCCAGACAUCCAACCCCAGAACCAGGGAGAGACCAGGGUACUCUGACCCAUAAAGGAUCUAGGAGCGGGUUCUGUUACACAGGAACUCUCCAUACCCAGCCAUGCCUGCCCCUGGAGGAACAGAUCCUAAGGGGGAGGAUUUCUCCACUGCUAUCCUGAAGCAGAAACACAGACCCAAUAGACUGGUGGUGGAUGAAGCCCACAAUGAAGACAACAGCAUCGUCAGCCUCUCACAGGCGAAGACAGAGGAGCUGCAGUUGUUCCGUGGCGACACGGUGGUCCUGCGGGGGAGGAAGCGGCGUGAGACGGUGUGUAUCGUGUUGACAGACGACACCUGUCCAGACGAACGCGUCCGCAUGAACCGCGUCACACGCAACAACCUGAGGGUACGCCUCGGUGAUGUCAUCAGUGUCCAUGCAUGCCCAGAUGUGAAGUACGGCGUGCGUAUCCAUGUCCUGCCGAUAGAUGACACCAUCGAAGGGUUAACGGGAAACCUGUUUGACGUCUUCCUGAAACCCUAUUUCUUGGAAGCCUAUCGGCCUGUACACAAAGGCGACAUCUUCCUGGUGCGAGGGGGCAUGCGGGCAGUGGAGUUCAAGGUGGUGGAGACAGACCCCGCCCCCCACUGCAUCGUCGCCCCGGAUACCGUCAUCCACUGCGAGGGACAGCCAAUCAACAGAGAGGACGAGGAGGAGAGUCUGACUGACGUAGGCUAUGAUGACAUUGGAGGUUGUCGUAAACAGUUAGCUCAAAUCAAAGAAAUGGUGGAGCUUCCUCUCAGACAUCCUGGACUAUUCAAGGCUAUAGGAGUCAAGCCUCCCAGGGGUAUUCUGCUGUAUGGACCUCCAGGUACAGGGAAGACACUGGUUGCCCGGGCCGUUGCCAACGAGACUGGAGCAUUCUUCUUCCUCAUCAAUGGUCCUGAGAUCAUGAGUAAGAUGGCCGGGGAGUCAGAGAGCAACCUGAGGAAAGCCUUCGAGGAGGCAGAGAAAAACUCUCCCGCCAUUAUUUUCAUAGACGAACUGGAUUCUAUCGCUCCUAAGAGAGAGAAGACCCAUGGGGAGGUGGAGAGGCGUAUCGUAUCACAGCUCCUCACCCUGAUGGAUGGACUGAAGCAGAGAACUCACGUUAUCGUCAUGGCAGCCACCAACAGACCCAACAGCAUCGACCCUGCCCUGAGACGCUUUGGCAGGUUUGACAGAGAGAUCGACAUCGGCAUCCCAGACUCCACUGGUAGACUGGAGAUACUGCAGAUUCACACCAAGAACAUGAAGCUAUCUGACGACGUGGACCUGGAGAGGGUUUCCAUGGAUGCGCAUGGCCAUGUGGGGUCAGAUCUGGCAGCUCUGUGUUCUGAGGCGGCUCUGCAGGCCAUCAGGAAGAAGAUGACCCUGAUUGACCUAGAGGACGACACCAUUGAUGCUGAACUGCUCAACUCACUGGCAGUUACCAACGAUGACUUCAGGUGGGCGUUGGGGCAGAGUAACCCGUCAGCUCUGAGGGAGACAGUAGUGGAGGUUCCUAAUGUUAACUGGGAGGAUAUAGGAGGACUGGGAGAGGUCAAGAGAGAACUGCAGGAACUAGUACAGUACCCGGUGGAGUACCCAGAUAAGUUCCUGAAGUUCGGUAUGACCCCGUCACGAGGAGUGUUAUUCUAUGGACCCCCAGGCUGUGGAAAGACCCUGCUAGCCAAGGCGAUUGCUAACGAGUGCCAGGCCAACUUCAUCUCCAUCAAGGGACCUGAGCUGCUCACCAUGUGGUUCGGAGAGUCAGAGGCUAAUGUCAGGGACGUCUUCGACAAGGCCAGACAGGCGGCCCCCUGCAUCCUGUUCUUUGACGAGCUGGACUCCAUUGCCAAGUCCAGAGGGGGCGGAGCCGGGGACGCAGGGGGCGCGGCCGACAGGGUCAUCAACCAGAUCCUCACGGAGAUGGACGGAAUGUCCAACAAGAAGAACGUCUUUAUUAUAGGAGCUACCAACAGACCUGAUAUAAUAGACUCUGCUAUCCUCCGUCCAGGGAGGCUGGAUCAGCUCAUCUACAUCCCUCUACCAGACACAGCCUCCCGUACUGCCAUCCUCAACGCAAACCUACGCAAGUCCCCCAUCGCCAGAGAUGUAGACCUGGCCUACCUGUCUGGUAUCACCCAGGGUUUCAGUGGGGCAGACCUGACAGAGAUCUGCCAGAGGGCCUGUAAGCUGGCCAUCAGAGAGGCCAUAGAGGCUGAGAUCAAAGCAGAGCGCCAGAGACAGACCCACCCAGGCACCGCCAUGGAUGAGGACUGUGACCCUGUUCCAGAGAUCAGGAAGGAUCACUUUGAAGAGGCCAUGAGGUUCGCCCGGCGCUCCGUCAGCGACAACGAUAUCAGGAAGUAUGAGAUGUUCGCCCAGACACUACAGCAGAGCAGAGGCUUUGGGAACUUCAGGUUCCCCUCUGGCUCUCAGUCCGGAGGUCAAGGGUCGGGGGCAGGGGGGCAGUUCAGAGACGAGGUAGAGGACGACCUCUACCAGUGAGAAGACUAUCACCUCCACCACACCUGCCUGCAUAUGAUGCAUAUGAAUAUGCAUAUGAACUCUGGAUCAAUUAGAUAACGUUUGUGCUUCUCAGCUUAUCGGUGUCUUAGAUGUUUCUCAUAAUAACUGGUGCAUCAUAACAACUGGUACAUCAUAAUAACUGAUAUAUCAUAAUAACUGGUACAUAAAUAAUAACUGGUGCAUCAUAAUAACUGGUACAUCAUAAUAACUGAUACAUCAUAAUAACUGGUACAUCAUAAUAACUGGUGCAUCAUAAUAACUGGUACAUCAUAAUAACUGGUACAUCAUAAUAACUGGUGCAUCAUAAUAACUGGUGCAUCAUAAUAACUGGUACAUCAUAAUAACUGGUACAUCAUAAUAACUGGUACAUCAUAAUAACUGGUGCAUCAUAAUAACUGGUGCAUCAUAAUAACUGGUACAUCAUAAUAACUGGUGCAUCAUAAUAACUGGUACAUCAUAAUAACUGGUACAUCAUAAUAACUGAUACAUCAUAAUAACUGGUACAUCAUAAUAACUGGUACAUCAUAAUAACUGGUACAUCAUAAUAACUGGUGCAUUAUAAUAACUGGUACAUAAUAACUGGUACAUCAUAAUAACUGGUGCAUUAUAAUAACUGGUGCAUCAUAAUAAAUGGUACAUCAUAAUAACUGGUACAUCAUAAUAACUGGUACAUCAUAAUAACUGGUACAUCAUAAUAACUGGUGCAUCAUAAUAACUGAUACAUCAUAAUAACUGGUACAUCAUAAUAACUGGUGCAUUAUAAUAACUGGUACAUCAUAAUAACUGGUGCAUCAUAAUAACUGGUACAUCAUAAUAACUGGUGCAUCAUAAUAACUGAUACAUCAUAAUAACUGGUACAUCAUAAUAACUGGUGCAUUAUAAUAACUGGUACAUCAUAAUAACUGGUACAUCAUAAUAACUGGUGCAUUAUAAUAACUGGUGCAUCAUAAUAACUGGUACAUCAUAAUAACUGGUACAUCAUAAUAACUGGUGCAUUAUAAUAACUGGUGCAUCAUAAUAACUGGUACAUCAUAAUAACUGGUGCAUUAUAAUAACUGGUACAUCAUAAUAACUGGUGCAUUAUAAUAACUGGUGCAUCAUAAUAACUGGUGUAUUUGAGGAAAUUAGAGUCUGUUUGUUUUUUCUUGGAAGAAUCAUUAGUAAAAUCUGGAUGGUCAAAGUACAAUGAAUAUAACUGAAUGAGGAUUGUUGUUCUUAUGGUGUUUGAGCUGGUCAUCAUGGAAGGAAUGGAAGGAAUGGAAGGAAUGCUGAUUCACAUCUGAAAUGUAAUAAAUGGAGUGUUUUCCUUGUU